AACACGAAAGCAUCUCAUAAAUCCAGACUGUAGUACCAGAAAUCAGAGCACUCUCUCAAAUCACAAUACUCUUCCUCAGAUCAAUCUCUAGGGUUUCGUAUCAGCCAACAUGUUUCUCACAAGAACUGAGUAUGACAGAGGAGUUAACACUUUCUCCCCGGAAGGGAGGCUGUUUCAAGUUGAAUAUGCCAUUGAGGCUAUUAAGCUGGGUUCAACUGCCAUUGGGUUGAAGACAAAAGAAGGUGUUGUGCUUGCUGUGGAGAAGCGUAUCACUUCGCCUUUGCUGGAACCCAGCAGUGUGGAGAAAAUUAUGGAAAUUGAUGCCCAUAUCGGAUGUGCCAUGAGUGGAUUGAUUGCUGAUGCUCGUACACUUGUUGAACAUGCACGAGUUGAAACUCAGAACCACAGGUUCUCCUAUGGUGAACCAAUGACUGUGGAGUCUACAACACAAGCUCUUUGUGAUCUGGCGCUACGAUUUGGUGAAGGUGAUGAAGAGUCCAUGUCUCGGCCAUUUGGGGUUUCUCUUCUUAUUGCAGGUCAUGAUGAGCAUGGGCCCAGCUUGUACUACACUGAUCCAUCUGGCACAUUUUGGCAAUGCAAUGCAAAAGCUAUAGGGUCGGGUUCAGAAGGUGCAGACAGUUCUCUGCAAGAGCAAUACAGCAAGGACUUGACUCUUAAAGAAGCCGAAACUAUUGCUCUCUCCAUUCUUAAGCAAGUCAUGGAGGAAAAGGUGACUCCCAAUAAUGUUGAUAUUGCAAAGGUUUCUCCCACAUACCAUCUAUAUACCCCUUCUGAGGUGGAGGAGGUCAUCAGUCGCCUGUGAAUCAUCUCGACUUGAAUCUGUUCUUGGCACUGUACUUGUUGUUUGGAGGAGAGUCAUUAAUUGCCCAUAAGGAUAUUUGGAUUUGUUUCCUGUUGGUGAUUUCAAUGCUAAACUUAAACCCUCUCCUGUGGCCUAAAUGAAAUAUUGGAACCUAAUGAAAAUUUCAUCUGAACUGAGGAAAGUUUAUUUU